CUCUUUUCUAGAAUAUUCUUAUAUAUAAUUCUUAUAUAAGACACGUGGCAGAUCAUUGUGACUCAAUAUUCCUUCUCUGCAGUAUAAUUAAGAGUUUAUGCGCUCCAGAUUAUACAUUGGUUUUUUUAUUUGGAUGGAAAUACAACAGGUGAACGGUGUGAAGGAGUGUUUCAGUAUUUUAUUAUUGGUACAACUCCGCAGCCUUGCAAAACAGGUAAUGCUAGGGAGAACGGUGUGGGAGUUAAAAUAGUGUGUACAAGCAAACAUAGUCACGCCGAGAGAAAAAAAAAACAAAAUAGAGCACGAGCGCUUUCGGUUUAGCUCAAGGGCAUGAAGAAGUUCUGACUCCUGGGAUUUUGAGUGCAAGUCUCAGAAAACAUUUUAAUAUCAGGAUUAUUUAGGGAAAUUUAUGCUGUAAAAUAUCUCUGUGGCAAUUGACAUAAAUCCAACCGUCAACUAUCCUACUAAAUUGAAUGAAAAUCACUUCGAAACGAGCUGCUGUCAACCAAAUCAUAUAUGUAUAUAUAUUUGUUUGUUUUUUACAUUUACACAGUUUUGCCACCUUUUGUUUAAUGCACAAUGGUUAUAGAAAAAAAAACAUGCAGUAGUUUCAUGCAACACAAAAGAUGUGGAACCUGAUUAGCUGGUGGAAUGUAGUGCUCUAGUUUCUAUCAGGCAUGAGGAAACUGUUUUGUGCUUAAUAAUGACUGGAGCAGGAAGUAAACGCUCUGUUCGGCUCAUGGCUUUGACAUGUUGUGCUUGUUCUCUCCGUUUUGCACACUUGGUGUUUUUUUGCGUUUUUCAAGAGCUCAAGAAGGGUUUUCUCCUUCAGGUGUCAAGGGUUUAAUGCGUCAGCUGACAUGCCGUCAUAGAGAUGAUGGCCGCUGGUUUUGAGCUGGAGUUUGACGGUGAGGAGCUCUGGCACGUCGAGACUAAUGAUUACACAGCAAAGCAACGUUUGAACGCAGGCGACUGGACCCUUGACUGCAAUCUGCCUUCUGUAGCACACUUCUCCAUCGGCAGCUGCUUCUACAAUAUUCCUCGCUGCAUCACAGGAGAGAAAAAUCCCUCCGAAUCAAUGGAUCUGUCCACAAUUCCUCCAUCCACGCAGCUGUACACCAAGAGCGACGUGAAGCUUGGUGUUGAAAACACCCUCAUCUGUUCAGUGACCGGCGUCCACCCGCCGCCGGUGAACAUCUCAUGGACGAGGAACGGCGAGCCGGUGAAUGAGCAGGACGUCAGCGAGACGCAGUAUUACUCCAAUCCAGACUUCAGCCUUCGCCUGUUCUCCCACCUGAACUUCUGUCCCAAGAGAGGAGACAUCUACACCUGCAGCGUGCGACACAGAGGACUGGAGCGGGACAUCACCAGGUUCUGGGAGGUGGAGGUGCCAGAGGACUCUCAGGAGGUGGAGGUGGUGGUGCUUGUGAUCGGAAUUCUUGUGGGAUUUCUGGGAUUUGUGCUGGGAAUCGUUAUAGUCGUAAUGAGCAAGCUGGAGCUGCGGCCUGAAUGAACACAAACUCUCAAACAGCCUUCUAUUCUUCUGCCACAAACACUCUAAAUCAUCUGUUUAUUCUGAUUUUAAAAUUAAUAAAUAUUUAUUUAACA